CCUUGGAUCAUGUAGGAACUAUUUUUUGUUAAAUAUGUGAUCAUAUUCCGUGGCUCGAAAGUUCACAAACUGGUCCAUACUUAGGAGACUACCAAGAUGUACCACAGGUGUUUUCGUCCCUGGAGUUUUUACCGGAGUUGGUCUGGCACUUGGAAGUACACCGGCAAGACGGCAUGGGAGGGAAAUCCUAAAAAUUGGACAGCAGAGAGCAAGGAAGGGAAAAGGCGAGCAAAAGCCUUCAUGAGCUUGUUCGGAAGUUUGGCCGCACCCAAUGCUCUGAUAUCCGUGACCGUGUUUAUGGCUUGCUUGGUCUGGCUAACGUACACGGUGAAAAUGAUCGGGGCGUUGAGGUCAUUGCAGACCACUCAACAACACCCGAGACUGUAUUCAUUCGUCUGCUCAGUCCUAUGCCACGCGCCUUCGUGUUGAAAGAUGCAUUGGAUAUUUUUAACAUACUGAGGCUGCACCAUGCUCAAGACUGUACAUUCAAAUCCAGUAUCCCAGAGACCAUCUUUGGUCUUUCGGAGUCAAAUACGCUCAUUUUGGA